CUUUGGCUGACCGUUCGUCACUGUAAGGGCUGGUUCAGCUGAAGGGUGCCCACCGAGCCCUCCUGUCCUCCACCAGAUCAGGCGUGCCUAUUAUUAAUGCCUCUCUCAGCAAGAACACAUCCGCUGCUCUUCUUUAGAAGCUUUCCCUCUCCUCUUCUCGUUCGCCGUCAUUCAAAUUUCUCUCAAUUUUCUUGUCUAUCUUCUCUCUCCAUCACCUUCUUGCUGUCUGUCAAGACCUUUGCCAGUCCUGGGAGCUUGAGGGAGUCAGACGGCCUCGGUAGGAACAUGCACUUCAGGAGCAGUGCUCCCCUUUUGCUGCUGCUGCUUCUUCUUUGUCUGCUGGGGAGCGUCCUGGAGGUGAAAGGGCAGGAGUGGGGGCACCUGCAGGAGGCUCAAAGGGCCUUGAAUCUGCCCCUGAGUACUGAUGAUGAACCUCGUUUCCAGAAGAACCACACAGGUAUCCUGAUCACCACACUGCUCCGGGCGGUGCACUGCGCAGAGCAGACUGGCAACACUCAGGACGUUUGUGACAAGUGCCUGACACCAGACGUAGCUCUCUCUGUGCUGGAGGAUGAUGGGAAGGCUUACCUUACUGAGGAGGACUUCCAGCGGAUGUCCACCGUUCUGCUGUACUACAUUAUUAACUUGCAAGAUCUGUGCGUGUCCAACUCUGCCUCUCCUUCCUCCCUUUCCUCGUCCUACUCCUCCUCCUCAUCUGGGAACUAUCAGUUCUACCUUUUGGCCCUCAUCAAUCUACACCCAGCUGAAGACAACCGCUUCCUAUCAUCCAGUGAGACAGAAACUAUUCUGCAGCUCAUCAACAAACACUACAACCCCUCCAGCCAAGACGCCUCUACCUCAACUGAUUUACAAUGUAUUGAUGCUGCUCAUCUCCUCGGAGAUGUUAACAACAAAGAAAAUCCAGGUGCUGGUGCGUCUUCGGUGCCCAAACUGGCCGCAGCCAUCAUCAGCCACAUCCUGCAGGGUCACUGUUUCAGCCGGAGGAACCUUCCAUCACCUGCCUUCUUUACUGACUAUAUCUUUCACUCACUAAAUUGCACUAGUAACCUGCAGAUUAUAGACUUAGAGGAGUUGCUUCAUCAGCUGGGUGUCGGACGGGAAGGAGCUGCACACUCUCACCACAGGAAGAGGCGGAGCAUCACUGGGAGCUUGCAGACAGGGGCAGGGCAUCCGCUGGAUGGUUGCAACCAAGACACUAGGGGAGUAAGCAGAGACUGGGCACAGGUAUGUUUUUCAGCCAAUCAGUUGGUGGAUAUUUUUGCCCUGGAUCCUCAUUUGCCAAUUUCCAAGGAGCACUUCAGACAAAUAUGUCCAGCCAUUAUUCAGCAGUUGCUAGGCAAUGCCUGUGAGACUGCAGAGCAAAAACCAAGAGGAUCUCUGCCCACUGCUCUCGAGAAGUAUGGCUACAGCACGGCUGCUGUCCUGCUCAUCACGGUGGGCUCCAUGCUGGGAAUCUGCCUGAUCUUCUUUAACUCCUGCCAGGAAACCUACACGCUCAUCCUGCAGCUGUUUGUAGGCCUGGCAGUGGGAACUCUCUCAGGAGACGCGCUCCUGCACCUCAUACCACAGAUCCUUGGCCUCCAUGACGACACUCACAGUCAUGAUGUAGAGCACUACGCCGAAGGAAAGGAGUAUCUGUGGAAGAUCCUUGGCAUGAUCGCUGGGAUCUACGGCUUUUUCCUCAUUGAAAGAAUCUUCUCCUUUUUGGUUCCUUUUCAUGACCAUGGUCAUUCCAGUGACUUAACCUUAGAGCUGAACUGCAAUGGUCAGUCACAGAGGGGCAAAUCCAUUUCCACUAUACAGCUGGGUCCAGUGGAUGACUUGGAGUGUACAGAAAUAUCUCCUGAACACACAGACACAACGAGCCCUUCACAUCAGAGACAAGGGGUUCCUCUGCUGGCUGUGAUGGUAAUUGUGGGAGACAGCCUUCAUAACUUCGCCGAUGGCCUGGUUGUUGGCGCGGCCUUCUCCUCUUCAGCCGAGACUGGCAUGGCAACAACUGUGGCCAUCCUGUGCCACGAGAUCCCGCAUGAGAUGGGGGACUUUGCAGUGUUGCUUAGCUCUGGACUCUCUGUGAAGACUGCUGUGCUAAUGAACUUUCUCAGCGCUCUGACGGCCUUCAUGGGCCUCUACAUCGGACUGUUUGUUUCCGCAGAGAUAGAGGUGCAGCAGUGGAUCUUCACUGUUACUGCUGGCAUUUUUCUCUACUUGUCACUAGUAGAAAUGCUUCCAGAGAUGAGUCGAGUGAAGACCAACAGACCGUGUCUCAUGUUUCUCCUGCAGAACCUCGGUCUCUUGAUGGGUUGGGCUUGUCUUUUGCUUCUGGCGCUCUUUGAACAUGAACUCAAAUUCUAAACACACAUAAGCCUUUAUGUAUUCAACAACAAGCUGACUUGUGUUUCUUGAAAUUGUCAUUGACUUGUUUAUUAUUAUCUCCAACUGUACGCUCAUGCAAGUGUUAGUGUGUGCAAACAGGAUAUUUGAACAAGUCAUUCUUGGUCAAAGAGUGAGUAUUUCAUGGUGUUGUCAUCUCAACAGUGGAUAACAAAUGCACAGUACGUUAGCUGUAUGAAUCCUCUCUUUUUUUUUAUACAGGAUGAUUUAUUUUUGUAUGUUAUGUAUCAUGGGUACCUGUGUCUGGACACUACAUGUCUAGUUUACCCUUUUAUUACCUUAUUUGGCAGCAUCAGGUACAAUUGUGCAUAUCUGUUGUUCUGUGAAAUAUAAAUAUGUUGUUGCCUCAGACAAUCAAAUCAUUUUUUUAAGUAAUUUGUCA